AUGGACCCCGAAACAGUAAGACUACUACUCGUGGGGGAUGAGAAAUGUGGCAAGACGACUUUUUUAUCCAGACUGAGCGCUGGAGAAGGCACAAGCCCGAUACCAAUUCUUCGAGACAUUGACCAGCCGUUCGUAUUCAAUAUAAACCUUGGAGAGAAGAAGUUUCGUCUCGAGUUUUCUGAUACCUCUAGCCCGGACAACUGGCGGCUUCUUGAUCCGGAUGUGAUUGUUAUAUGUUACGAUAUCAGCCAACGACUAAGUCUCAUAAACAUGAAGCGAUAUUGGAUCGACGAGGCUAAGAGGACGUUCAAACGAGUCGACACUUUGCCCAUCAUCAUUCUUGGUUUAAAGAGAGACCUCAGGUCUGAGAACGACCCCAAUGGCAUUAUUUAUCCGCAGGAAGCGUAUCAGCUGGCACAAACCAUGAGGGCAGAUCGAUAUGUCGAAUGCUCGGCUGCGACGGGGGAGCUCCUCAAGCCUGCCUUUGAGGAUAUCUGCAAGACAGCCACCAAGACUACCACUGCAGCUGGGGGGCAGAGCGAGGGGGGCUGUAUAGUAAUGUGA